CGCCGCUCCUCGCAGCAGCAGCAGCUCAGCAGGUUGAACUCAGCUGCAGCUUCUCGGUGUUUACUGACAGGAAACUGUUCAUUGUGCUCGGAGCUGAAACUCAACGAUCCAAAAGGAGCGAGAGAGAAGAAUCCAACAAGCAGCGAGAGAGUAACGGGAUCUGCAGCUGCAGCUCUGUUUUUCAGGAUGUGUGGUAUGGACAUUGACGUGGACGAUGGCGGUUCAGGUGAGGAGGAGAAAGAGGAGGAGUUCUGGGUUGGGGAGGGGUUGAAGAUGCUGCCCCCUCCUGUGGCCCACAGUGCGGGCAGUGCCCUGGGCAGCAGCAGGGGAAGGUUUGGCUGCGUGGCCUGCGGGGCCGCCCUCGUCCUCUGGAACCUGUGCGUCGUCUUAGCCAGCGCUCUGCUGCUCGCCGUGGUCUUCUCUGUGGUGCUGAUGCCUGCUGUCCUGCUGCUCUACGCCGGCUUCCUCUGCCAUUCAAGGAUCCUUGACGCCCCCUCCGCCAUCUGCCGUUACCUUGACGACAACAGCUGCUCCGCCCUCAUCAUCCUGGGCUUUGUGAUGAUGUCGCCUCUUGUGGUUGUGGCAGCCGCGGUCUUCUGCGGUCUGCUCCGGAGGUUUCGACUCCUGCUCCUCUUCCAGCCGAUCACACGUGCCCGGUAUAGAGGGCGCCUGGUGGACUGGGCCUGCAGCGUCCACGCCUGGGUCUGAGGCUCGGACGCAACAGUCAGAAAAGAGCAGUGUGCUGUCACCCAGAGAGA